UAGUUUCGGAUGUUAGUUUAAAAUGUAUAUAUAAUAUAUACAUCUGAUUUACGUUAGCUAGCGGAAGACAAAUGUUUCACCCGGAAGUACUCAACGGACAACCAAGAAAACAUUGGAGCCAAAGCAUCAAUGGGGGUCACUUGUGUGUGCCAGGUGCCUGUGUCAGAGGGGAAGAGUGUGCAGCAGACAGUGGACGUCCUGCACAAGAAACUGGAGCAGCUGGGUGCUGUGAAGCAGGGCAGCUUCUGUGUGGACUGUGAGACUUACCAUGCAACGGGAAAUGUCAGCGGUCAGCCCACCAAGCUCUUAUACGUGAUGCACAACUCGGAAACUCCCCUGAGCUGCAUGGGUCUAUUUGAAGGCGGACCCUGCAUGAUAGCCGAUGCAAACUUUGACGUCCUCAUGAUUAAGUUAAAAAGUCACUUUCAAAAUGCCAAGGGGCACAAAGUGGAGUGCCGUGGUUCUCGAUACCGUUACUGUGACUUCUUGAUUAAGGUCGGCACUGUGACAAUGAGCUCCAGUGCCAGAGGGAUAUCGGUAGAGGUGGAGUACUGUCCUUGUGUAGUCCCAGGAGACUGCUGGAACCUAACAAAGGAGUUCAUGCAAUCCUUCCUUGGCCCUAGCGUCCCUGAACUGCCUUCUGUGUUUGCUGCCAAGCCUGAAGGACUCUUUGCACCAUCCGACGGCGUGGACACGAUGACUCAGUACCUGGAGUUGUUCAACAAACUUCGUAAACAGCAAGUCCCGGGAAGCAACGUGCGUUGAAUUGUUCACGGCAACGGAGACUUAUCUUUGUAUUGAUGUUGCUUUAACUCUGGUCCUGUGGAUCAGCAUGUUAUACAGUCAGUCAUUUUUUAUUUUUUUAUUUCCAUUUCUGGAGCCUCAACAUUGCAAUAAAUCUUCCUAUUUGAUCAAAUAA